AUGUCACAAGAUAUUAGUAUCCAUGAAAAUGACGUGGAAGAACAUAUACAGAACUGUAAGAAAUGUAAUUUACCCAUUUAUGAAGGUCAUGCUUAUGAGUUAGGUGAUGAUCGUUGGCAUAUAAACUGUUUUGAAUGUUCUAAAUGUAAUUCUUCAUUAGGAUGUAAUUCCAAUUUCUUGGUUUUAGGUAAUGGGAACUUAAUAUGUUCCAAUUGUUCAUAUAAUUGUAAACAAUGUGGGAAAAAAAUCGAUGAUUUAGCCAUUUUGACUGGGGAUCAAGCUUAUUGUUCUUCAUGUUUCAAAUGUAGAGCUUGUAAACAGAAAAUUGAAGAUUUAAGGUAUGCCAGAACUUCUAAAGGUCUUUUCUGUAUGAGUUGUCACGAAAAAUUAAUGGCUAAGAAGAAAAAAUACGAUAUGAAGAAGAAACAACUUCAAAUGUUGAAAAAUGAACGAGAUAAAGAGAAUCUUCCAGGGAAAUUUAACAGUAAUCCAAGUUCAGCUACCAAUUCUGCGGUAUCAACACCAAAUUUGGAUGAUGAUGAAAGACCUUUGAAUAAUUACGUCAAUGUGAAUAAAUCCAAAAGUUCAAAUAUAUCCAGUUCUAAUGAUUUAUAUGAUUUAUAUGAAAGAUCCAGAAGUCCUACCCCCAAAUUAUUCUCAAAAGCUUUAGAAGAAAGUAGGUCAUCGUCAGUUUUAUCCAAAGAUAAAGAUUUACCAACCACACCACUUUUAAAUACACCACUCAUGAAUAAUCAAAAUUUAGAUACUCCUAUUUUGAAUAAUAGUUUCAGUGCUAAUAACGGUAGUAAUUUGAAUGGCAGCGCGAUGUCAAGCGCAAAAGGUGGUAAUUAUGAUGGUAACUUUGAAGGUAGUAACUUUGAGGAUGGUAGAAAAUCUUUAGAUCCAAAUCAUCAGAAAGUCAUACAUCCUCAACCUCGUAAACCAAUGGAAAGAGAACUUUCCAUUGAAGAAAUCAAUGAUUCUGAUGAAGAAUUGACUCAAAAAUUACCUUUAACUCCUAAAAAACAACAAUUAUUCGAUGAUUUCCUUCAACCUGCAGUUACUUUACAACCAGAUCAAUCGAAUUCUCCAACUUCGAUAUCUCAUACUAAAUUCCAAGGUAAGAAUCUCCUUAUUUUAAGUCCAAACCAACGUGAUGGGGCUAAAAGUCCUUCUGAUGAGAUCAAUCGUAAUUCUUUAUUCAUUGAUGAAAGACCUAAAUCCAAUUGUCCAAGUCCUAUGGCUAAAGCUAAUAGACACGCAAGAGUAGUUGAAGAUGAUGUGGAUAAAUAUUCAUCAGAAGAAGAAUUACUUGAACCUGGUUUAGCUACUCCUAAAAGACAGAAUACUUCAAAUAAUCAUAUUUUAUCACCUCCACCCAAAGUUCCUUUACCUUCAGUACCUUCAUCCACACCUAAAGAAGAGAAAUUAUCCAUUUCUGAUCAAUAUUAUCUUGAUGCCGUUAAUGGACAAGAAGAUCUAUUGAAUGGUUUAGGUUUGGAAGGUAUUGAAUUUAAUGAUAAUGAUAACAAGAUCCGUAGAAAUUCCAAUCAUUCAAUCAAAAGACCAACUCCUUCAGUUACUAAUCUUGAAGAAGAUUAUGAUUCAAGUGUUCAUGCUACACCUGAUCUGAUAGGUAGAAAACAAAGUAUUAUUAAAACCCCAAGAUUGACUUUAAGACAUAAACGUUCAACCAGUGGUGGUAGUAAUAACGGUAUAAAGUUGAAUUUCUUCAAGAAGGAUGAUAAGGGCCAUUCACGUCAUGUUAGUGAUGGAUCUAUCAAUAAUUUCACAUCUUUGAUAACUCCACCAAUAUUCCAAACUCAACAUAAUAGGUCCAGUUCUGAUACUUCGGUAAUACCCAAUUUACCUAAUCAUAGUAGAACUGGCAGUCAGACAGAUCAUAUGGAUUUGAAAUCCAUGAGACUUGAAGUCAAUUAUUUGGAUUCCACUAAAAAGACUCUUAUGGCUGAUAUUAGAAAAUUACAGGAAGAUAGAGGUAAAUUAAACAAUGAAAUCGAUGGGUUAAAACAAAAAUAUCAAGAAGAAUUAAGUAAAUUAAAUAAAAUCACCAAAGAGGUGACGGAAUUACAAAGGGUUAACGAAAGAAAUGAACAAAAGGAAAAAUUGGAUACUAAAGAAAAAGUUGAAGAAAUCACCCAUCACCAAUCGAAUUCUUCAUCUUCAUUAGUAGCAGUUCCUGAAGCUGAUGAGAUAGAGACGCAGAAAGCUACUAAAUUGAAAUUCUGGCGAAGAGCUAAGAUUGGAUUUAAUGGUGUUAAUGGUACGGGAAUGAGUAGUUCUGUAAGUAAUAAUCAUUUAGCACUCCCACAGUCAUCAUUAUCACAAACAUCACCCAAUCAUAAAGCCAAUAUGACCAAAUCUAGAUCAACCAAUUUAUUAGAUACCUUCUUAAAUGGAGGAUCCAAUGGUACUGUUAGUGAUGAUGAUGUACCAUUAUUCCAAUCUAGUAUUGAAAGAAGAUGUAAAUUCGAGAAUACUGAGAUCCCCUUAAUAAUAUCUCGUUGUCUUCAAGAAGUAGAGAAGAGAGGUUUGGAUAUGGAAGGGAUUUAUAGGAUCAGUGGAGGUAAUCUGACGAUUCAAUCGAUUGAAUUGGCUUUCUCCAAUAUCAAUCCAAAAAUUAAAGAUGAAAAAUCUUUCAAUAAGCUCAAUGAUACUUUAGACUGUGAUAUCAAUGCAGUAACAUCAGCUUUGAAGAGAUAUUUGAGGAAAAUUCCCGAUCCUUUGAUUCCUUAUGAUUUAUACGUAGAUUUCAUUAACUUGAACUCCAUCAAUGAUGAAACAAAGAAAGUCAAUGAUUUCAAAAGUCUUUUAACUACUAAAUUGCCCAAUUCCAAUAAGCUGGUAUUGUUAGAACUUUGUAGACAUUUAGAAUUGGUGAACUCAUUUUCUAACGUUAACAGAAUGAAUUAUAAGAAUUUGUCCGUAGUCUUUGCACCUACCAUUGCAAGAGAUGAGUCAGGACAAAGAGAGAUGAUGGAUAUGGGAUCGAGAAAUGAUGUGACGGAAUUCUUAUUUGUGAAUUAUGAUAGAAUAUUUCAUUAG